GUGUAGUGCGUUUAGGUUGUGUUAGCAGCUGUCAAAGCUCCAUUAUUUAAAACCCUUAAUUUUGCUUCUUCUUCUUCUUGUGGAUGAAAAAGAAACAAAAGAAAUAAUGGAGAAGAUAAGAGAAGUUGCAAAACAGCGACGUUUACUACUUGUGCCAUGUCCAUACCAAGGCCAUAUUAACCCAAUGCUUCAUCUAGCAACAUACCUACACCGAAACGGCUUCUCUAUAGCCAUUGCUCACACAUCCUUCAAUUCCCUAAACCCUAAUCGUCAUCCGGACUUCACGUUCAUCUGCCUCGAUGACCGCCUACCUGAUGACCUCGUCGCAUCUUUGGAUAUCGCCAAGUUGUUGCUCGCUGUCAACGAUAAUUGCAAGGCUAGCUUGAAGGAAGCCAUGGCCACUGUCCUUAGAGACGUCGUGUGUGUAAUACACGAUGAGAUCAUGCACUUUUGUGGAGAGGUGGCUAGUGGUUUUGGGGUUCGGAGUUUGGUGCUUCGAACAAACAGCAUAUCGACGUGUAUUGCUCGGUCGGUCGUUUUGCAACUUCAUGCGGAGGGUCGACUUCCUCUACUCGAUGAAGGGUCGUCCAUGGAAGAUGAGGUACCAAAUCUCUAUCCUUUGAGAUACAAAGACUUACCAGUCUCAGCCCAUUCAGAUAUCUACCAAUCAACUAAACUAGUUCACAAAAUGCACGAUCUCACCACUUCUUCAGCUGUUAUUUGGAACACAAUCCCAUUUCUUGAACCAUCUGAAUUAACCCAAAUCAAAACCAAAAUAUACAACCAAAUCCCUAUUUUUGCAAUUGGUCCAAUCCACAAGAUUUCACCAACCUCAUCCUCUUCAAGUUUGCUCAAUGAAGACUCCGCUUGCCUCUCAUGGCUUCAUAAAAAACCUUCCAACUCAGUCAUCUAUGUUAGCUUGGGCAGUGUUGCCCGCUUAACAAACCAUGAACUCCAAGAGAUGGCUUGGGGGUUGGUUAAUAGCAAUCAACCAUUCUUGUGGGUCGUUCGCCCUGGCUCGGUUCGAGGCUCGGAUGGGAUUGGAUUCAUUUUGGAAGAAUUUCAAAAGAAGGCUGGAGAUAGAGGGUGUAUUGUGGAAUGGGCUCCACAAAAGGAAGUGUUGGCUCAUAGCGCCAUAGGUGGAUUUUUGAGCCAUUGCGGUUGGAAUUCUACUCUUGAGAGUUUGAGUGAGGGUGUUCCAAUGUUAUGUAGGCCUUAUUCAGGAGAUCAAAGAGGAAAUUCAAGGUAUAUCAGUUGUGUUUGGAGAGUGGGAUUGACUUUGGAAGGUCAUGAGUUGAAUAGAAAUGAAUUGGAAAAGGGUAUUAGAAAAUUGAUGGUGGAAGAAGAAGGGAAGAAAAUGAGAGAAAAAGCAGUGGAUUUCAAGAGAAAAAUUGAAGAUUGUUUAAGGGAAAAUGGAUCAUGUGCUCGUAACUUGAAGGAGCUUGUUGAUUUCAUUAUGUCUUUUUAGAUCAACCUCUCUCCUUGAUGAACAUCUAUUCUAACCAAAUAUUGUUUAUAACGGCUAUUAAUAGCUUCAAAUGCAAGUAUUAUUUUUGAACAAAGGCAUGGAAUUCCAUAAAGUGCAACUCCAUGGCUUAACAUAAGAGGUUAGUGCACCUAAAGGAAGGACCUCAGUGGAAGGUUCCUUUGUUACAGAACCCACGUCCUCAAACCUUUGAUUCGGAAUGGAAUCUAUAUAUUUCUCCAUGAACGAAGACAAAUUAGAUAGAGAAUUUAUGAUAUGAAAAUAAGUCGGAAUGACAAGACUUGAAGCAUCAUUAGAUGUUUACUUCCAAGCUAAUUAAGUUUUCUAGCACUCUUCACCAUAGCUUUGUCACUGUCAUUUAUUUUCUUAUAACAGUUCUCUCUUUAAUUAUUUGAGAAGAUUAGUCCUUAAGAUUAAGGAUGACUUUGUAAUGUAGUUCUUUAUUUA